AUGCCACCUCAAAAAAUAAAAACCGAUUAUGAGCCUAUAGAUACUGAUCCACACUUUACUCGUGUGGUUAGAUAUUUUAGAAAUUCAGAUUAUUUGGUUUGGGCUGCGACAACAGCUUUUGAAUAUGAGCGAGAUUUAAAAGAAAUGAGACAACGUAUAAAAGAAGGAAAACCAUUAUAUGGUGUUUCUAGAAUGAAUGAAUAUGCUCAAAACAGAUAUUAUAAAGAUCUUGAUGACAAUGAAGAAAAAGAAGCAAAGAUUUAG